AUGUCUAUAAGAGAGAUAAAUUGGUUCGGUGCACGUGACACAUGUCGUAGAUUGGGUGCUGAUUUGGCUACUAUAACAACUAAUGAUCAACUUAAUGCAAUAUCAAGUUAUUUGUUAUCUAAAGGAUACGGAGAAAAUGAUUGGUUUUGGAUAGCUGGCAAUGAUUUGGCUCAAGAAGGAAAUUUCUCUUGGGUUAGUAAUGGUGAAAAAAUGACAUUUGCAAACUGGUCUCAAGGACAACCAGACAAUAAUGGUGGUAUCGAAGAUUGUGUACAUUUGUGGUUGCGUGAAGGACAAUUUAAAAUGAAUGAUUGGCAGUGUAGAAACGGAAAAGCCUAUUAUAUUUGUCAAGCACCCGAACCUAAAAUGGUCUGUUUAUGGGUAUAA